UUGUUUGUGUUUUGUUUUCAUAAACAUAGUAAUUUGAAUCACUUACUUCAGUAAAAUAUGCCACUUCACAUCAGAAAUGUUACAAACAACUUCAUUUAAAUCCAUGUGUACACACAUAUAAACACACCCUACGGUCUACAGCCCGCCUACUCCUACCACUCCCCCACAUUCUCAAACGUGUGUUCUUUCACUCACAUCUGAUUUGUGUUUCCAUCUCAUGAAGAUCACACUGGCAUUCUUCAAACUGAGACAACCUCACCUGAAUCCCGUCUCGGACAAGGUGCUUUUUAUAACUUGUAAUAUAUAUAUAUAUUUUUUUUCUUUGUUUUGGUAUUUUGUAUCAGAGUACAACUGCAUGCAGUGGUCCCAGCAGUGCAAGAACAAUGUCAUCUCUACUUUCUCAAAACAAAGAUGAGCCGUACAUCAGAAAAUCGCUGUCUGACUCUUGUCCAGCUUCGUCUGCUGCCAACACCAGAAGCCUGAGGCAUGAAAGGCUGUCUAGAUUGGGCUCAUCGAGCUCAUCUGACGUCUCCAACGACGCGUCAACCAACCAUGCAGAGUCCUACUUUUUACGAAGGGAGAACAGACUGUCUGCAAAGAAGAAGGCAGAAGAAGAGAAGAUGAACAGUGACUAUAAAAAGAUGUAUGAAAAGGCACUGGCAACAAAUCAAAGGCUCAAGUCCCGACUAGAGACCAGCAAACAAGACCUGGCUUCAGUUCAGGACCAGCUGCAGACUGCGCAGAAGGGAAAACCAGAUGAUUGUACUUCUAAAAUGCUUGAAGCAGAGAAAAAGGAAAGUUGGAGCCUUAAAAAGAGGAUAUCAGAUAUGGAAGAACAACUAAAGGUGAAAGCUGAGCUGAAGCUAGAGAACCAGAGGCUGAAGGAUGAGAAUGGGGCUUUAAUCCGUGUCAUUACUAAACUCUCCAAGUAAAACAGGAAGCAGACGGGGGAGAGAAAGGGGGGACACAUAAAAAGCUAUUUUUAAAUCCAGUAAAGGAAUAAACUGACCUCUGAAAUAACGUCUGAAAGGACUGUGGUUCUGCUGAUGUUCUCUAAACGUAAUUCUUUCUUGUACUUUUUUGUUGUGUAAAAUAUUAAUUAAAGGUGUCUAUCUACAAAA